GUGGAAAACGGGUUGGCUUUUUUCGGUUUGCGAUCUGAGUCGUUUAACUGUUGGCGGGAUAAGUUCGGUUGAGAAGUUUUUAAAGGAAAAUCUGUUGGCGCGAAAUUCGGUUGGCUUUCGGUGAUUUUUUUUGGUGAACCUUCAUCAUUGCGGGGAGGGUGAUAUGUUUUAGAAAUUCAAAUCGCAACUGUUUGCUCAUGAGUCGUGCGAGGGAAUAAACCUAAAUCAACGGAUUGACGAAAGAAAAAAAAACUAUAAAUUUCCAUAGUUUGAAAAGUAAGCACCGGUGUCGAUUUUCCUCACGUUUUCUCGAUCCCAAUCGUCAUAAAUGUCAGGCAGCUGAGCUCGAAGAUAUACGGGGCAUUUCGGGUAGCAAAAAUUGUGCUAGUCCAAGGAAAGCAAUUUACGGGCAACAUUUCACCCUACAAUUGAAAGUUUGUAUCGCUUUCGGUUUGGAUCGAUUACAUUUCGGAGCUAUUAUAGUUUAGUGGAAACUUACGUCUUUUUGUGCUCGAAAACAUUGGAAUGUUGCUGCUGCAGCUGCCCGGAAGAUUGAUAGUGUUUCCUCUAGAAUAGCUUUUCUUCCGCUUGUCACUGGAUGAGAAAAAGUUGGUACUGAACGGAAAAGCGCUUCUGGUUCCGGCCACGUGUUUUAUGGAUUUUGUGUGAUAAUCUUUCGAUUUAUGGGAAUUUCGGUAAUUGGAAGUAGCUGCGUCGAGUAAAACCGACAACGUAUUUCUGUUUGUGUUCGUGUAAGUUUGUGUAAGUUUGUGAGAGUUUAGUCGAGUGAAAUUCAACUAUGGGAAUCGUAAUUAUUUUGGCGCCUGGUGAUAACUGUAACGCAGCAAUGUAAUCAAUUCUCAUUAAGAGAAAGUGCUGGACGACGACUAGUUAGUGUGUUAAGUGGGCCAACUUGCGAGAUUUCCCAGGGAGGAAUUAAAUUUUCUGCGCUGUUGAUGAUAAAGAUAACGACCGUCGUCGACCAACAAGCACGGAACAGCACGUUGCGGCAGCCAUGCAGUGGCAGUUUUUCCUAAACGUGACGGAACCGAUUGCGGUGGACAUCCGGCAGCACCUGACGACCUUCGAUCCGAAUCGGUUGGUUCCAACGAUGGGACAGGGCAGGAAUAACAACAACGACGACGACGAGUACUAUUACGACAACAACGAGCUGCAGGACUUGAGCGCCGUAUCCAGUAGGAUCCAAAAAUCGGUCCGAAUGUUGGCGACCACAGAGCCAUCCCUGGGGCUCCCGGAUGGGGUCAUCGACGGGGCCGACGAAUACGAACCGUACGACCAGCGGCUCGAAACCUAUCUGGUGCCGGUGGUUUUCGCCAUCAUUUUUAUCGUCGGAAUUUUGGGAAACGGCACCCUGGUCAUCAUCUUCCUGAGGCACCGGGCCAUGAGGAACAUUCCGAACACGUACAUAUUUUCGCUGGCCCUGGCCGAUUUGCUGCUGCUUCUCGUUUGCGUCCCGCUGGCAUCGCUCAUCUACACUCUGGAAAGCUGGCCGUGGGGUGUAACGCUGUGCCGGAUAACGGAGUGCUUCCGGGAGAUCAGCAUCGGCGUAUCGGUAUUCACACUGACGGCCUUGGCCGCGGACCGGUACUGUGCCAUCGCCAAUCCACUGCGGAAGCUACAGACCCGUCCUAUAACGGUCAUCGUGGCCGUUUUCAUCUGGCUACUGGCCAUCGCUCUUUCGAUUCCAUCGGCAACGAUUGCCGACGUCGUGGUGGUGGAAAUUCCGAAUAACACCAUCGAGUAUUGUUCCCCUUUUGGGCAACGGUCUAACGAAUCAGUCAUUUAUUCCAAAUACAAGACGGUCAUCAAUUCGGUGGUUUACUACUUUCUGCCGUUGACGAUCAUCGCCAUCCUGUACAUCCUGAUGGCGUACCGGUUGCACGUGAGUGCCCGGGACAUGCCCGGUGAAACGUCCGGUCCCCAGAGUAGGUCCCAGGCUCGGGCACGGCGUCACGUGGCCCGGAUGGUCAUCACCUUCGUGGUGGUGUUCAUCAUCUGCUUCCUGCCGCACCACGUGUUCGCGUUGUGGUUUCAUCUGAGUCCGAAUGCCCUGUACGAGUACGAUUAUUUCUGGCACAUACUGCGCAUCACGGGGUUCUGUUUGAGCUUCCUCAACUCUUGCAUAAAUCCGGUGGCCCUGUACUGCGUGUCCGGUGUCUUCCGGCAACACUUUCACCGGUACCUAUGCUGCCGGCAUACUGCGGUUCAGCGACGGAUCGGAAUGUCCUCGGCGGGAAACGCCUGUGAAACGAGCUUCGUGUCGACAAUCCGCCGCUCCCAGCACAAUCACCACAACAGCAUCCGCAAGUCCCUGUCGGUCCAUUCGGUUCAGAGCACGAAAAGGUGAGAAAGCGUCCGGCUGACGGUUUACUUCCAGGAUACCGGAAACGGUCGCGGUGGGACUGGUGUUGAUGGAUCGUCCGCCGGAAAUGGCAUCAGCCGGAAUGGUGGAUCAUCAACCAAGGGUGGUCGGAAAUGAUGGUUCGGAAAGCGGUCCCCGGCAGGUCGUCGGUCCCCGGCAACGACGCUAGAGAAUCGAAUCGACGAAGAGACACCCAGCCGGAUGUCCCAAGAGGCCGAGUACGGAACCGUAGCGCGGACCUAGCUCAAUUUCCGUUCCGGCAGCAGAAGCGAAAGAGGUCGGAACGAGGAUAUCUUUACAAUCGACUAAUUCAAUUAGUAGGAAAAUCCUUGCAAACACUCAAACAAACUCGAACGAAUUUACUCUAUAUAGGCUGUCCUCACGAUGUGAAAAGGGCAGAAUAGCAGCGUAUCAUCCAGUCAGAGGCGUAUUUUUAAGGAAGAUCAUACGUAAGUGAUGAAAAAAAAUCCAAAAUCGUCAUUCUACUGUAGAUAAAACUCAACGGAUCAAAGUUUUGAUUUAUUCUAACAAACAUAAACUUUUCCAAACCUUAAUCGGAUAAUUUACAAAAACAUUAACGGUGUCUAUUCGAAUACAUAGUUUUAUUUCAACAGAAUCGCCAUCUCUGAAGUUUAAACAUACCUACGACUCAAGUAAAAUUUCAAGUUGCCUAUGCUCGCAAAGCAGUUCAAUGUUGAUACGAAUCACAAACUCUAUGGGGCUGUUAUAAGAGUAGCUGCAAAAUUGGCAAAAUUUACACAAUUGACAUUGGACAGAACUUCCAUAAUUGACUUAAAUGACAAGAUUAAAAAAAAUGGCAGAAAAAAUGAGCAAAUUGACAAAAAUGAUAAAAUCAAGAAUGACUUAAAUGAUCGAAAUAACAAAAGUGACGAAAAUGACGAAAAAAAUAAAAAAAUUUGAAACGACAGAGAUCACAAAAAUUACCAAUAUGAAAUUGACAAAAUUUGUCGACAUUGACAAAAUGACUAAAAUGCCAAAACUGACAAAUUUAAAUAUGAAAAAAAUUUACAGAAUAAGA